CCGCCCCGCCCCUCCCGCCGCAGCCGCCGCUGGGUCCGGGCCUGGGGAGGCGGCGGGCGGGGGCGGCCGCGCCGGGGCCAUGCUGGGCAAGGACUACAUGUUGGCCAUCGUCCUCGUCAACUGCGACGACAACGUCUGGAGUGACCAGAGCCUGGAGACAGACCCUGACCUCCCCCCAGGCUGGAGGAAAAUCCGUGACUCUCUGGGCACCUACUACUGGCAUGUGCCAACCGGCACGACGCAGUGGCAGCACCCUGCACAUACCACCGGCCCAGGAGGGCACCCAGAGGCUGAUGGAGAGGAGACGCUCCAGGGAAUGGACGGCCAGGCCCCCACGGCGAAGCACUCAGUGAAGGACAGGCCUAUUCCCAGCCCCGUGGCUUCACUGUCCCGGAGGACCUCGCUGCCCUGGCACGGAGAUGACUUCCAGCACAGCGCGGAGCCUGGCUCCAAGUGCUUUGCUGUGCGCUCGCUGGGCUGGGUGGAGAUCCCUGAGGAGGACCUGGCACCUGGCAAGAGCAGCAUCGCCGUCAAUAACUGCAUCCAGCAGCUGUCCAAUAGCAAGGGCCAGGGCUCUGCAGAGGACCGGGGAGAGGGCCAGGACCUGGUGAUGAUCCUGAAGAAGGACACCAUGAACCUGGUGGACCCACUCGAUCGCAGCCUCAUCCACCGCCAGCCCAUCCUCAACAUCCGUGUCUGGGGUGUUGGCUGCAACAACGGCAGGUGCUGGGGGUUUGCCUUUGUGGCCAGUGACAAGGACACCUGCAUCCUCAAGUGUCAUGUCUUCCACUGCAAUGUGCCUGCCAAGGGCAUUGCCAAGGCCCUGCAUGAGAUGUGCUCCAAGAUCAUGGCUGAGCGAGCCAUAGCGAGCAGCAGGCUGCCCUGCCCUGCCACACUGGAGCCCAUCUCCACUGAGGACCUGCCGCUGCAAGUGGAUAUCCUGGAAGCAGUUAGGCAGUCGAUGCAGACCUACGAGGCAUUGUACAUUGGCAGCCUGCCUGUGCCCAGGGCCAUGGGGAUGGAUGUGCUGAACGAGGCCAUCGAGAAGCUGACGAGGGGCCCCGGGCGGGAGCACUGGAUGCCUUCCCUCAUCCGCGUGUCCGACACAGCCAUGAGGGUGCACCCUGCACAGGAGGAUGACGAGGAGGUGGCGCACAUCUGGGAGUGCCAGGUGCGGUACGUGACCUUCCUGGGGGUGGGCCGGGAUGCCCACACCUUCGCACUCAUCGUGGACACGGGGCGACACUUCCAGUGCACGGCUUUCUGGUGUGAGCCCGACGCUGGCACCAUCUCGGAGGCGGUGCAGGCAGCCUGCAUGGUGAGUGGGAGCGGGGUGUCCCCCGAUCCCCCAGAUUCCCAGCCCUCUGGGGACACCCGGAGGAAGAGGCAAGGGCUGGGGACAGGAGGGCAAAGCUGGGUGGGACACCCAACCCUAGGGAGGGCAGGGGGGAGUUGGCCCCACGGAGUCUGUGUUCAACCCACAGACAUGCUUCGUUGGGUCGUGUCCCUCACCACGGCCGAGCCAUGUUGCAUGUGACACCCCCCCCCCGGUGAUGCCACGCUGUUAUCCCACCCCACGGCCACCCUCGUCUCCCUGCAGGUGCAGUACCAGAAGUGCCUGGUGGCCACUGCACCGGGGGCUAAGGCGAAGGGUGCGACGGGCCGGGGACUGGCCGGGUCGGUGGCCUCGGG